GGGGAUUAGAGCCAAUCUUGCUAUCGGUAUCGCUUCUCAUUGCUCGCCUUAGGGACCGCUGCUGCCUGCCUGCCUGCCAAAUUUUGAGCGACGGAUCAUUCGAAAAGGAAACCGGCUUUCUUGGCUCAGCUUCGACUCGGCGACAUUAUAUUGUUGGGAUUCAAACCGCCGCUCUUCCAUGCCAUCGUCUGCGAUAUAGCCAGACUCCAUAGCCAGCCUACACGAAUCGGUCCGCUACCACGCGCAUAUACACAUUUCACCAUUGUGACAAGCAGGAUCUCACGACCCGAGCGACACGAUUGAAUUCACGAAAGAGUCGUUCUCGAACCGCACCAGGCCGCAAGUCGAAUGGAGGCGCCCUCGGCCGUCGCUCGAUGGCCGUCCAGGCCCGCCCUCGACGAUGCUGAUGGCCUUUCCAAGAUGGCCCUCGUAGGAGGCGACCACGAUAACGAAGAUGAGAGCCGUCGGUCGAUGGACGUCGCCGAGACGCUCAAGCAGCUCGCCCAGACGCAAGCCCAGGUCGCGCCAGGAAGCGGCGCCAGCGCGGCCAUCGUCCAGUUCGCCACGGGUUCCACGCUCCUGCCCCAGAACUUGGCCGACAUGGUGACCAAUCUCGCGCUCCUGGCUCGCGUCUCUCUCAAGUCGACGGCCUUUUUCAUCGAGGUCAUCCUCGAGACGGCAAAGUACGGCACAGGAAUGGGCCUCGGCCUGACGCGACGCGCUCUCAUCAGCGCCGUGGGCACCGCAAGGGCGAUACAUGCGCUCAAAAAUGGCGAGCAGUGGGAUGCCCAAAACGUCGGCAGAUCCCCCACGUACGGCGUCAAGGAGCUCGUCCGAAAAGAGCAGUCGUCGGCCUUUCUCUCAGUCCUCGACAAGUAUACUGCCCUCGGCGUCUACCUGAUCCACCACACCUUUACGCUCGCUGAGCUGUUUGCCCAAUCGGGCUUCUACCUCGCGGGGACGUCAAUCAAGGCCGGCUUGGGCGCGGCUGAUGAGUCGGUACGCAUCCUCGAUGGCAUCUUUGGAUCCAACGAGACAUCGAGGGCCCUCUCGAGCUUCAUUGGUCUCCUCAAGCGAGAGCUCGGUGGCAACGACCCCUUGGUCGUCCAGGCCGGCGGUGGCAUUCGUGCACUCGGCGCCCUGACAAAGGCCAUCACGACGUUUGCUGUGGUGCAGAACGCAACGUACCGGCGAACGGCAAAGACGCAGAAGACGCGCGUCCUGUACGACUGCAUCGUCCUUGGUGAGACGGAGAUGAAGAGCUGGCGCGCCCAGCUCGUCGGGCCUGGCAACUUUGUCAAGAGCGCAUUACAGCAGCACGAUGGGCCUCCUGCACUUCCAGGGCCCAUUCCCAGCAGGACCUCGUCGGUCCUCCGAAGUGAUGGCUCUUUGUCAGGUAGGAGGGAAGAGCGGAAGCGCCGGUCGAUGGGAAGCAUUCGCUCCGCGCUCUCGUCGAUGGUACGACCGAGGUCUAUCUUUGCAGGAGGUGACGAAGACCUCGACCUCGAAGACAUAGAGCAAUCCUAUGACGCUUCAGCUCACCGCUUGCCGAGAGACGCAAGUGGUCUCGAGGAGCCGCUGGGUCUCCUCGACGAUCUCGACUACCUUGUCGGCGCGGUGGAAGAGGACGAUCCUAUUUCGAGCGGUCAAGCGACACCCAAUGGCACGGUCAUUGCAGCUGCCGAGCUUCGAGACGACGAGCUGACCGAGGACAUGCGCGAGAUUCUUCAGCAGUCGGACCAAGCAGACCUCGAGAGGGGACUCGUCCUGGGCCAGCUCCGUCAAGAGGUAGGACCCAAUGGGAACACGAGGCCAAGGGAUGUAAAGCGGAUAUUCAGGCGCAAGGGAAAGGGUCGCGACGGUGGUGCCAUAUACGAGAUCACGACAGAGACGACCGAGGUCAUUGAGGAGACGACAACGACUACCACGACAACAACGAAGGAUCGCAGGCCGCAGCAACCCCGAAAAGACAGCAAGUCGCUUCGCUUUCCCAACCCAUUCAACGCGUUCUCGAGCGAACGGGCUGAGCGUGCAGUGCCGCCGUCCUCCAAUGGCAAUGAAAGUGGUCGCCGGUCGUCUGAAGACGAGGACUGGAUGGAGGUAGAGCGGUCGAUGCGAAACUCUUCCUUGUCUCCAAUUGUCGACGAGUCGAUGACUAGCAUCCCCGAAGCACCCAAUGGAAGGCCAGCGGAGACGAGCAUUGCAACCGUCUCGAGGAAACAGACGUUGGAGCGGCCAGACGAGUCCAAGCAGAGGGUCCAGGAGGUUGUUCGGACCAUGACGAGGAGAUUAAUCCAGAAAAGACGAGUCGUUCAGCAAGUCCACAUCCAAGACGAGGAGGUAGAAGACAGCGAGAUGGAAAGCGGUUCUUCGCCCAGGCUGGCCUCAAAGAGGAAAGACUUCGAUUCGCCAAUGACAGCGAGCGAUGCGGGCACAGCCACGCCGGUUGCAGCGAGCCAGGCACGGAACGGUCAAGAUAUUGGGACCGGGCUCAAUCGAGCGCUGCACAAGGCAAAGUCUUCCUUGAAAGGCGGCGGUGGAAAUACGCGGCACAAUCUUCACCCUGAAGAUGCGACUGCUGCUUCGCAGAAAACCCCACUGCAGCCCAUCAGCCCCCGUACCCCGUCAAAGGACGCCAAGCGAGAAGAGAAGCCGUUCAGAAAGAAGCCUCAGAUCGACAAAGACCUGCCUGCGCCUCCGCCGGGUACGACGGGCGUCACGCAGAAUCCAAAUACAGGCGCCUCGUACGACUCCGCAUCUAUGAGACGCAAGCGGCGUUCCCGCGCACCAUCUAUUGGAUCAAUCCGCUCCUUUGCCUCUCGCACACACACUCACACGCAGAGCACGACGACGACCACGACGGACGGGGCGGAAGAGGGGCCAGAAGGUGCGCCCGGUGCCUUCCCACGUCAGCAUCUCGUCAAGAAUCUGCGUCGCUUCAGCAGGCAUUCGAGUGCCGCCUACGGUCAAAAUGUCAUGCGCGUACUCGGCAUUGGCGACGGCCAGUACUUCUUCGCCGACACGCGCGAGAGGAGCGCAAAUAUCUUUUCGUACGCUCACCAUGUGGGCAUUCCGCCGAACAACGUGCUGCUCAGCUCGUAUUGCGAGGGUGCCAACACGCCAUUUCAUUCCGAGAAGAUGGCCCCGAUUGUCAACUACAUUUCUCGUGACGAUGAGGCAAAGGCAAUCGUGCUGACGUGUCGAGGGACACUGGGUCUGUCGGACAUGCUGACGGACCUGACGUGCGACUAUGUCGACAUCAGCGUGCCUGGCGGCAAGCCACAUCAUCGGUAUCAGGUCCAUUCGGGCAUGCUUGCAUCUGCACAGCGGCUGUCGACAAAGGGUAGUAUCGUCCUCGAGACGCUCAGAACGGCUCUCCUCGAUUCCCCGAACUAUGGUCUAGUCAUCACGGGCCAUUCUCUUGGCGCUGGAGUCGGUGUUCUGCUCGCCCUGCUUUUGUCUACGCCCUCGGACCUGUUCCAGCAGGCCGUCCUGGACCACCCCGAAGCCAGUGCGAUUCGACACCCACGCAUCUCGUCACCUUUUGUCACGUCACUAGAUUCGAUCCUGCCUCCCGGCAGACCGAUCCAUGUCUAUGGCUAUGGCUGCCCAGCAACGACAAGUGCAGACCUGAGUCGAUACUGCAAGGGUCUCUGCACUACCGUAGUCCACGGCCACGAUAUGGUGCCGUACCUCUCCCUUGGCUGGGUGCGAGACAUGAAGGCUGUCGCAUUCAGCCUUUCGGACGAGCGUGAGAGCACCAUGGCUCAAGAGAUUGUCGGCCGCGUUGUAGGACUCUACCAGCGCAGGAAGCGCGAUACCCAACGGGCCGCUCUCGAGCAAGGACGCGAGCAGGACGAUGAGGAGGCGAUGAUGCAGCGACCAACGGAGCUGCCGGAGCACGAGAGAAACUUGGCGUUUGACGUGCAAGAGCUCGCCGAGGGACGAACCAGGAACAGGGCAACAGACGCCGGAUACCGCGAUCCGGGCGUGUCCGAGGACCCGCGAUUAAAUAAAGACAAGGCGAAGAGGCGCCCGGCGGGCCAGCAGUACAGUCAUCCGUUCCAAGAAGACAGGGACAAGGAAGAAGACGAAGAGAAGGAGGUGGCUGACUGGCUCUGGAGCCUCAUCAAGACCAUGCGAGCCAGCAUGGAUUCCGACAAGCUCUACCCGCCCGGUCAGGUCUACCACCUCGAAGCUCAGCAGGUCUUUGUCACGGCUCACAUGUCCAUGUCCGACGACGUCAGAAACUCUCACAGCUCGCGCGGCACGACGCAGACGGAGGCGCAGCAGAGCCAGAAACAAGCAGAGGCAGCCAGAGUGAUCAUGAGGCUCGUUGAGGAUGUCACGACAAAGUUUAGCGAACCGGUCUUUGCGAGGUCGAUGCUCAGGGAUCAUGUUCCUACCAAUUAUGAGCUGGUGACGCAGCUUCUCUGGGAGGCCGUAGUGCCCAAGCGCGAGCAGGAGCAAGACAGACAGAACAGAGAGGCCAACAUGGAGCAGGAUCAAGAUCUGCAGCAGCAGUAAGGGACCCCGGGAUAGCAUUAGCGACUCAAGCAAUAAUAUUGGAGCAUCGCGCACACACAGCAUAACAUCAUCAGAUUAAAUAGUCCUCUUCUUCACAUUUGCUUCUCUACAGUACAUUAGAUACCUCCUCAUUGGUCCUUCUAUUUCAUUUGGUCGUUUGUAGCA